CCUCCAUUCUUUUGCACGUGACACCUCAUUAAGCUCAAGCGUUGGAAAACUUCUCGAAAAGUUCAACUCUAGAGCUACAGUACAGCUACAGUGAAGCCUCUAUAAGAACUGAAGCCUUGACUGUCUAGCCUGCUGUGUACGUGUAUUCAAGUCCCUACUGUCUCAUCAUCUGCACAAGAGCCUCCUAUACUCAAAUGGCGGACGGAGGAAGGUUCAGCUCCAAACAAAUCGGUCUCAAGAUUCAGAAGAAAGUCAUUGGGAAAUUUGCAAACAGGUCCAUGGCUAAGCAGUUUAUUGACGAUGAAUUCGGAGCUCUCCUCGACACAAUCCACCUCAUUCUCAAGACAGAGUUGAAAGAUUCUAAGAAAGCAGAUAAAAUCAUUAAGAAUAUGAUCAAGGUCACAGUCAAGAUUGGCUUACUCUACAAGAAUAGUCAGUUCAACACAGAAGAGCUAGCACUGGGGAUGGGGCUGAGAUCCAAACUCAGGAAGACAGCUCUCACAGUCAUUAGUUUCUACGAAGUUGAUUUCACGUACGAUAGAGGAUUCUUAAUCAAAGCCGUGGGCGACGUUGGGGAAUCAUUACACAAGUUGGUGGAACGUCAUCUCACUGCAAAGUCUCACGGUCGAAUCAACUCAGUCAUUGAAGCUUUCUCUGAUGGACCACUACUGGAUAAAGUAUUUCUGUCUGAUGGACCUUAUCAUAGUCAUCUAGAGCAACUCUCGCAGGCUUUUCAUAAGAUAGUAGACUCAGAAUGGUGAUAAGGAGUGUGUACUAGCUUGAUUUUAUACAUAAUAGCGUGUGCGUGUGUGUAUGUGUGUGUUUAAUCUGUUGUGCUGUUUUUCCCUUUAUUUAUCACUCCAUCAAUUUUAAUAAUUAUGAGUGCAUGUGCUUUUAUUGUAUUGUGAUGUUGGUUACUCCAA